AGUCUUCGCCAGGCCACGAGCUAGCUCGGUAGCACUCCGCGAGGAAGUGUCCCCCCCUUUUCCUUUUAUCUCCUCUUCACCGACGCCCUCUCGCAGCAAGCCAAACCACCUCGUCUGCGCGGUCAUGCCAGCGGGCAGGUCCGGGUUCGUGUUCUGAUAGUUCAUCGAAGUCUCCGGGGUUCGUGUUCUGGAUAAGCGUCGAAGUCUCCAGGUUCGUGUGCUGAUCAAGCGUCGAAGUCUCCGGGGUCGCUCCUCCCCCCUAGAUGCGCCGCUGAUGCGCGCGUGCGCGGGUCUCGCGAACUACAGGCGGUGUUUCGGGACUAUGACGGGACUCUCUUCGUCGUCGACGACGAUGGCGGCGCUGCCGCUGCUGCUGCUGUGCUGGGCGUCCCUGGCGGGGGCGAUAUCGCGCAAGAUCAUCACGCCCGCCGACACCUUCCCCGUGGAAGCCACCCACUUCUCGCAGGUGUCGUUCCCGCACAGGACCGGGCCCUCGCUGUCCCCGCUGCAGCAGGCCCACAUCCUGGACGACGUCCGGCAGCACAGGUUCCGACACGCGGCCCUGCCCCCUCCUCAGGAGCCGCUGCUCUUCGCCCGCCCCCAGUUCUUCGGGAACCCCGCGGGCUCCUUCCAGGUGGAGCUGCAGAAGUCCAUCACCGACUCGGACCAGAUCAAGGUGCAGCUGGAGCAGGAGCGCCUCAGGGAGCUGAAGGCCCUCGAGGAAGCCAGGCUGGCUCAGGAGGAGCUGAUCAGGGCGUACCAGCAGACCACCACGACGGAGUCCCAGAGACAGACGCUCCCGGGCUCCGACAAGACUUUCGGGGACAAGACCGAGCCGACGCCGAGAGGCCAGGCGUCGAGCACCGAGGAAACAGCGAGAAGCGCCAAGAACAUCACCAGCACGGCGCUGGGCAGCCUCAGGGGACACCAGCCCAGAGCGAUGACCAGAUUCAGGUUCGUGGAAGAACGGAACCAAAUCCCGAUCAUAAACCACGUCAGGUCGACCACGCGUGCUUCGCCCGUCGAGGGAAGGGUUCAGAGACCCCUCUCGAUAGGAGACAGCGACGAUCAAGAUUACAGAUCAAACGACUUCAAAUCCCCGAGCGAAAGGGAACGCCAGAAACAGUUGCAGGACCUGCUUAGGAACCAGUUCCGAGGCCAGCUCAUACAGAGGCAAGAGCUACUGAAGAGGCUCAAGCAAGUUGUGUCAGAACCCAUCACACAGCCUGAUAAUCAGCAGACUCCAGAACCAGUCGUUAGGUCUACCAAUAGUUCUUUCCCGUUGAUAUUAGCAGAUGGCCAGAAUCUACAAUUUCUACAAACUCCAGGGGGGAAUAUACCAUUUCAGUUACCAAGCGGAGGAAAUUUCGACAUAAAGACAAUUGUUUUACCAGCUACAGAAUCGACGCCCACGCAAUCAACGAAACAACCAAGAAUUCUUUUCGAAGAUCUCACCAAGGGAGUUUUGCCCCCAGGUGCGGAGUUCGAAGUUAUUCGACAAAAACAGGAUGGGGGCCUAGAAGAAGUUGGGAAGAUUCCUCAAGAUCUGCCGGAAAAGAAGGUUACAUUUGUGUUCUUAGAGGAGCAGCCCGAUGGCACUGUGAAAGUUCAGGGCGUGCGUGGAAACAGCGAUGGGGAUACUGGAGAUUCUAAACCACCAACGAUCGACGUCGAUUCAAUUCUUAAGAAACUGCAAGAAGAAAAGUUUAAGUCUUCUUCAUCUACGAACUUCCCUUCCAGGCUGCAAGAAAUUAAGUCGGCCAGCACAAACUCUCCAGGAAGUUCUCCCGAGGAGUCGAUAAAUUCUCCUUCUCUUGUUGCACAGGCAUCUUCAAACUCUUUAGCUCCUUCCACUCCCAUAGUGAAAAAUUACCACACAACGCCCAACCCGCAGUCCAUAAGUCCUUCUGUUUCAUAUUUCGCGACAACUAACAACAUUCUGCCACCAGAUAAUCCUCAGAACCACCAGUCGACCCACACCCCAGUAAUAGGAUCUCCUCAACCACUGCCGACUGCAAACAAUCAGCAAGGGUCUAUUGUGCCAUAUUUCGUUAGCAAUCCCCCAGUGUACAAUCAAGGACCCGUUGGAAAUUUCAACAACCCUCCGGUCAACCCGGUGUACAACCCAAACCCGCCGGCGCAGUCCCAGCAGCAAGUGGUUCAGCCACAGCAAGGGUCACCCGGCGUGCCUCAGCAGCCCUUGUUCAACGGCCACAACCAGUUCGUCCCCAACCCUGCGCCCAUCCCCCAGAUCGCCAACACGCAGUACACCACGGCGCUCUUCCCGAUCAACCACCAGCCUGCCGCCGCCAACCACUUCCUUCCCACGGUGCCCAGCCAGGUGAGCUCCGCGCAGCAGUCCUUCCCCCAGAGCCCCAACAGCAUAGCCCCGACGUCGCCCGAGGCCCUAGGCAGUCCCGGCGAGCAGCAGGAGCACCUGGCCAGCCACAGCUCGCACAAGGACGUGGACGGCGGUCCGCGCGGCGCGGGCAAGAAGCGGCAGAAGAACCGCUUCAGGGCGACGCACGCCACCACCACGCCUCUGCCCGACCUCGAGGAGGACGACAUACAGGUGCAGCCGAAGCAGUCGUCCGCCGCUUCCCUCACGCAGAUCAUGAAGGAGGAGGGGUUGUUCGCGAUGGCCCGCUUCCUGAGGGAGUCUGGUCUCGACGACAUUCUCAAUGAUACAGGACCGUACACCAUAUUCGCGCCGACGGACAAGGCAUUCCGCUCGCUGCUGGUGCAGCUGGGAGGUCCCGAGAAGGCUGACGAGAAGUUCAAAGAAAACCCGCGCCUGCUCAGCGGGCUGCUGCUGCAUCACGUGAUCCCUGGCUCGUUCCCACUGGACAGCCUGCAGGACGAGAUGACCGGCGUGAGUCUGGCCGGCACGCAGCUCCGGGUCAACACCUACACCUCCCAGGACGUCGAGUGGAACAACGUGAAGGUGGUGGCCAUCAACGGCGCGCGCGUCUCGCGCGACAAGCACGACAUCGAGGUGCCGCAGGGCGUGGCGCACGCCGUGGACCGGGUCAUGUUCCCGCUGCCCGUGGGCAGCCUGCUGCAGACCCUGCAGACGGACCGCGAGCACCGCUUCGCCAAGUUCCUGCGCGUGGUGCAGGCCGCCGACCUCGCGUCGCUGCUCGCAGGCAGCAAGGUGCACACGCUGUUCGCGCCGACGGACCGCGCCUUCUCCGCCGUCAGCCCCGCCGACCUGGAGCGCAUCGCGGCGGACCGCGAGCUGUCCCAGGCGCUGGUGUACCGCCACCUGGCGCCCGGGUCGCUCUACACGGCCGGCAUGCGCUUCUUCCAGGUGCGCGACAGCCUGGAGCGCGGCCACGCCGUCACCAUCAGCAAGUCCGGCGGGCAAGUGAAGGUGAACAAUUCCAAAGUGCUGACUCACAACAUCCCAGCAACGAACGGAGUCAUCCACGUGAUAGACGGGCUUCUCUAGAGACGUUGUCGUGUUGCUUAGUUGCCUACGGUAUAUUCUGUCUCACGCAACUCGUCUUGAAUUUGGCAGUUUCCGAAAGUAGUGCCCAUUGGUCCAUGCAUCCUUCUUCCACUAUUGUUCUGCCAACAACUUUCGUGAACAGCUUCAUGUGGUUUAUGGUGUUGACAAAAAAAGCAUAGUGUGAUGCUUUGCAAGCGGCAUUUAGGAGAUGGGAACCACUGUUGCCUUUUUUUUUUUAGAACUGUCAAAUUUGAGACUAGUUACAUGCAAAAGGCUUUAUUUGUGAAACUCAGCUGAAAAAAAAUAUGUAGGACUAUGCAUACGUGAAGAAUGAGUUUCAAGUGUAAUCCGACAGAAGACAUAGGCUUAUUAUGUACUACCUACUGUGCCAGAUACAAAUGUGGACCAUGAACUGAGUAAUGCCAGUCCCUACUACUACUACUUUCGUGAGGUUGGACGUUGGAUGAACUAUUUUCAUGCCUCAAAAGACUUCAUAAUAAUAGAUUCUAAAGCUGUUCAACUCUGUGAAUGUUUGGUACCAAAUAUCACUAUUAUUUGGAAAAUUAUUUGUUCAAUGCAUGUUUAGAAUGAACACCUUUUUGGUAUUUAGUGCUUAAAGAUUGCUGAUGUCCAGGUUAUCCACUCAGUUUACACAUAGCUACGAGACCUAAAUGUUCACAAAUUUAAAAUGUUUGGUCCCCGUUAUCAGAUCAAAAAAAGCUUUUUAAUUUCAGAAUUUAAAUGCUGAGAAAUUAAGUUGUGUAUACAGAUCAUAAAGUCAUAAAUAAGUGAAGUUUUAAUCAAUUUUUUUUGUUGCAACGAAAGCUUGCAAUAGCACACUUAUCCUAAUUUCCUGAAUAUUGUGCAACUCAUUAAAAACAAUUGCAGAAAUCCAUUAAAUCAUUCACUAUAUUUUAGUUACAAAGAGGCACAAUUCAGAUAUUUGUUUUAUGAACAAUAAUUAAUAUAAAUAAUGAACCAGCACUGAAAAUACAAUAUUAGUUAAGUCUCAGUGAUUCACGUAAGUAUGUAUUGCAUUUGCUCUAAAUGUAGUACCUAAAAUAUUUUGUAAAUUAUUCAAACAGGAAUGAAUAUCCAACCAGCAUUCUUAUAAAGUUUAUAAUAAAACUUUUUAAACAGUACCUACUAUACUGUUUUUGUUGCUGUUAUAAUGUGUAGGAUAGAAAAAUAGUUUCAUGAAUUGUGUUCCAGAGCAUAAUAUUUUGAAACUCAUUUAAAUUUAGUUAGUGAUAAGUAAGUAAUAAUUAUAUGUCUGUAAACUGUUCAAAAUAUGUGCAUAUUUAUAAAUAAACAUGAUUUUUGUUUAGUAAAAUUUUAUUUCAGAAAAUACUGGUAACAAAAUGUAUGGUGUACCUUGUACGUCUGAAUUAAGAAACACAUUUCUAA